AUGAAAAAGGAGAGUGGUCGACCACUGGGUUGCCAUUCUGUAUGUCCUGUCCAGCAGCACAUGUUGAUUGUGGCAAUGUGCUUUUUUGCGAUGUUAGUAAGUCAUGGAAUGAGGACUGUUUUUAGUGUUUCUAUGAACGAGAUGAAACUAAGAAACGAUAUCGAAAACUACAUCGAUGAUGAUGGAGAAAUAAACUGUCCGAGGCCGCCGAAUAAUACAAUGAACAUUACUAUGGAAUCCUUUUUCGACUGGGACGCCACCCAACGCCUAAACCUGGGUCGAGCCUUCUACUUAUCCUAUCUUGUGGGUCACAUAACGUGCGGAAUGCUCUCGGACUAUUUCGGUGGAAAACAAAUAAUGGGCUAUGGAGUUUUGAUAUCGGCUAUGACUACUUUUGUUACACCUCAAAUGUUACAUCAAUGGGGAUAUAAUGGAUUUGUGGCUUCGAGAGUUUUUGUUGGGCUAUUUCAGGGAAGUAUAAAUCCAUCUUGUGCCACAUUGUUAGCCCAUUGGAUACCUCGAAGUAAAAGAUGUCGUUUGGCCACGAUAAUAUUUUCUGCAGGACAUCUAGGAACAGGAAUAGGAUAUUCUGCAACAAAUCUUGGCCUAGGUUCUGGAUGGACAGGUUCUUUCUAUUUGUUUGGUGGCCUGGGAAUUGCUUGGUUUCCUUUUUGGCAAUUACUGUGUUUCAAUAAUCCAUUGGAAGAUCCAAUUAUUACAAAACAAGAAAGGCAAUCUUUAUUGAGCGAAAUUCGUGAUGCUGAUAUGUUAAAUGGCCAAGUUACACAUUGGCAAGAAAUGGCUUCAAAUGGACCAGUAAAAGCCUUAGUUGUUGGAUUUAUUGGUUACAAAUAUUACAAUACUUUGAUCGUCCAAGAAAUUCCAAGGUACAUGAGAGACAUCAUCAGAUUUGACAUGACCACAAGUUGGUAUUGGCUGACUUCUGCUCAUAUUCUAAAAUUUGUAACAGCAUUUGUAAUUGCUGUCCUGUCAGAUAAUUUGAAUAAUAAUUCUAGAUUAUCACCAAGGGCUACUAGGAAGAUUUUUGCAGGAAUUGCUGGUUUUGGUUCUAGUAUACUGUUGCUGCUUUUGACGACUGCUGGUUGUCAUAAAGUUUACGGACUCAUCUGCGUGAUGCUAGGAUUCGCAUUGACUGCUGCAAAUUACUCUGGAGUUGUCGUCAACACUUUAGAUUUGUGUCCAAAUUUUGCAGGAGUUCUGAUGGCUAUUACCAAUGGUAUGGGAGGUAUCAUCAGCGUUAUGGUACCAUCGAUGGUUGCAUCAAUAGUUGUAGAUCAACAUUUAUCAGAAUGGCGUAAUGUGAUGGCUCUGUCGAUGGCUGUUUAUUGUGUCUGCACAUUAAUUUUUAUCAUAUUCAGCGAUUCCGAUGUUCAAGACUUUAAUGAAGUGGAAGAAGCUCCUAAAGCCAGCACCAUUCGUAGAAAUAGAUACUCGACUGAAACUAUAUAA